AUGGAUGCUCUGAGGAAGGGGGGAAAUGACUCCCUGCGUCAGUCCCGAAGAGACCCGUAUGGGAACGGGGUGGCAGUGAAUGUACUGAAAGGCUGCAAGAAGCUGAACCUGUCUGUACAUUCAGUGGGACGCAUCCCAGGGGGCUAUGUCACCAACCACAUCUACACCUGGGUGGACCCACAGGGCCGGAGCGUGUCCCCGCCGAUGGGCCUGCCACACCAUCAGAACAGCUCCCUCCGUAAGGACAGCGAGAAGAGGAGCCACCUCCAGCUCCUGCAAGAGGGAGAUGAGAAAAAGGUGAAUCUGGUCCUGAAUGAAGGGAAGUCCCUGGGCCUCAUGAUCCGAGGAGGGGCAGAAUAUUCCCUGGGCAUCUACAUCACCGGUGUGGAUAAAGGCUCUGAAGCAGAGAGCACUGGCUUAAAGGUAGGAGACCAGAUCCUGGAGGUGAAUGGCAGGAGCUUCCUCAGCAUCCCCCACGACGAGGCAGUGAAGCUGCUCAAGUCUUCCCGCCACCUCAUCAUGACAGUGAAAGACAUCGGGAGGCUGCCCCACGCCUGCACCACUGUGGACGAGACCAGGUGGAUAGCAAGCUCCCAGAUCGGAGAGACCCUCGUCAACUCAGCAGGGGCAGUGGGCAAUCAUGCUGCGGAGGCGACAGCCAGGCCUGUGUUUUACCGGGGCCUGGCUGGCUCCCAGGUAAUGCUGAGCAGCAUGGUGAACCAGACCCGAGUCAUGCUGGAAGAACAGGCACGGCACCUGCUGAAUGAACAGGAGCGGGCGACCAUGGGGUACUACCUUGAUGAGUAUAAGGAAGGCAACAUCUCCGUGGAUGCUCUGGUCAUGGCGCUCUUCGAGCUUCUCAACACACAUGCUAAGUUCUCACUGCUUUCAGAGGUGCGGGGUGUGAUCUCCCCGCAAGACCUCGACCGCUUUGACAACCUGGUGCUGAAGAGAGAGAUUGAGUCCAUGAAGGCUCGACAGCCCCUGGGGCCCAGCAUUGGCACCGACUCCUACUCUAUGAUGUCCUACAGCGACACCGUCUCUUCCUCCAGCAGCCACUUCACUGCCACAACUGUCAGCUCAGCCCGGGAGCGGCUCUUGUGGCUAAUAGACCUGAUGGAGAACACGUCAGAAUUGGAGGGAGGUGGAGGUGGCCACCAAAGUAGCAUCAACACCCUGCCAGACAUCUCCUUGGAUGAUCUCUCCUCCUUCCCAGAUGAACCACCCAACUUCAAGCCUCCACCUCCUCCUUCAGCCCCUCAGAUGCUGGACUCCUCUGCUGCCCAGCACAGGAACCCAGGGAAGGACAAGCCCAAGCGCCCUUCCUCCGAGUCCUCUCAGUCAGGCCUCUUCUUUGUGGCUCCCCGAAACCCCACGCCCUCUCCUAGCCACCCCGAGAAGGACACAGUCAGCAUGACCUCCACUGCUACCACGUCCACCGAGGAGUCUGCCCCGAGCGCUAUCUAUGCUACCAUUUCCCCAGCCCUGCACAGCUCCAGGAGGCAAAUGGAUGCCCAGCUCUCCUUGGUCAGCCAGCACCCCAUCGGUCCCUUCCCAAGGGUCCAGUCCCCGACAAGGCUGAAGAGCCCACCCCCGGAGGGUCCCGCAGCCGGUGGGCUUCAAAGCCCCCCUUCCCUGUCCCCUCCUCCUCCCCCACCCCACCCGGCACCCCCUCCACCGGACAAGGGCAGCCCGCAGGCCGUGGCCAACCAGCAUUUCAUCAUGGUGGAGGUGCACCAACCCAACAGCGAGCCCGACGUCAAUGAAGUGAGGCCCUUGCCCCAGGCCAGAGCCUCCACGCUCUCCCAGCUGUCGGACAGCGGGCAGACCCUCAGCGAGGACAGUGGGGUGGACAUCGGGGAGGUCGAGAUGAGCGGCAAGGACAAGAGCCGGCAGCUGGUCCCUGGGAAAAGCCGAAGCCUCAAGGAGGCCGCGAGGAGCGAGGGGGCGGCAGAAGGGGCCUCCAAGCCGCCAGGGCUCCUGGAGCCCACAUCGUGUCUGAUCCGAGUGUCCAAGAGCGCACCGACCUUGGGGAUCGCCAUCGAGGGUGGAGCAAACACUCGGCAGCCACUGCCCCGCAUCGUCACCAUCCAGCGCGGAGGCUCGGCGCACAACUGCGGGAAGCUGAAGGUGGGCCACGUCAUUUUGGAAGUGAACGGCACGGGGCUCUGGGGCAAAGAACAUCGGGAAGCCGCCCGUAUCAUCGCUGAAGCCUUUAAGCUGAAGGAAAAGGACUACAUUGAUUUCUUGGUCACAGAAUUCAACGUCGCCCUUUAG